GCACCCAGGUCCGACGCAUAUACUAGUGCUUAGUACUUACGACCGUCAUGUCUAGGCUUGCCUCCAGAUCUAUUAGAGCUCUGUCAAGCGCACGCUCUGCCUCGAACCGCACCAUCGAGUCUGCAGUUCGGUCCUGGACAAGAUCAAUUUCAUCCACGCCUGUACGUGCAGCAGUACACCGCGGACCCACUCUUGCAACUGCCUCAGGCAUUCACGCCUCAAAAGCUGCCCCAUCGUUUGGCGUAUCAUCCCAAAAAUGUCGAUCCAUGUUCAUACAGACAGAGGUCACGCCAAACGACGAUUCCCUUAAAUUCAUACCUGGUGUAAGUGUCAUGGGCGAAGGAACAGCCGAGUUUCUUGACACGCGAUCAGCGUUAAAAUCUCCACUUGCUAUACGUCUUAUGGGCAUUGAGGGUGUCAAAGCUAUUUUUUAUGGACCAGAUUUCGUUACUGUGUCGAAGGACAGCGAAAACCCAUGGGCACUCCUCAAGCCAGAGAUAUACUCGAUACUUAUGGAGCAUUUUUCUGCCGGCUUGCCACUUUUCCGGUCGGAAGAGGAUAAAGAAGCUGCUGGCCCUCAGGACACGCGGAUUCUUGACACAGACUCUGAGACGGUAGCAAUGAUCAAAGAGCUGCUCGAAACUCGUGUCCGUCCAGCUAUUAUGGAGGAUGGUGGUGAUAUAGAAUACCGAGGGUUUAAUGAUGAAGGCUUUGUAAAAGUUAAAUUGAAAGGAAGCUGCAGAGGGUGCUCAUCUAGCGCUGUAACAUUGAAGUCCGGAAUUGAGAGGAUGUUGAUGCAUUAUAUCCCGGAGGUGAAGGGUGUAGAGCAGAUCUUGGAUGAAGAGGAGGUUAUUGCAUUGGAUGAGUUUGCCAAACUCGAGGAACGGCUGGCGAAGAAUGGAAAGAAUAAAGAUUCCAAGAUGGCGCCGUAUAUGUCCGUAUGAGAGCCUGUUACCUUACUUUACACUGCUGAAUAUGACCGCAUACUGUUUGCUGCCUCCGAAUAGUGGCAGAACCCUCGACG